CUGUAUGACUAGUACUACUUACUAGCUAGUACUGCAGCUCUGUGCUAGCAGCAACGGACGCGCCUCCCCCUACCAACUGUUCUUUUUGUCCAACCAAGUUUAUACAAGAAGGCCUCUGCCUUGAGGCUGCAUACCUGCAGCUGCUAAUUCUUGCCUUUUCCAAUCGAGGACCAAGCUUGCCUCCUGAGUCCACAGGUCGACCAUGAUCAUUGUUCCACCUUCCCUUAUACCAGUGCUUGUGGACGCAGGAGCUUACGCCUUUGAACCAUGACCGGAGAGCCAACGCAAGUUACCCUGGGCGAUAUGACACCCUUGCAGGAUACUACAUAUCUGAAAUCGCCUCUGGAAAGCAUCGUAAACUCCUUGGAGCCUAAUUCCGCUCACUCUAACCACGAUUUGCUGGAUGCGUAUACUACCUUCUCCAAUAGAAUCAGGGCUGAAGCUCAAGAACUUCAGCGAAGUUCCGCGUCACUACCUGCCUUGGAAUUCUUACGCAUCAAGGCACAUGGAUUUAGCCAAGCUUUAAGGCGCGACAUCGCCCUUGCUCAUAUCGAUCCAUUUGCGUCAACUCGAACCUUUACUUCCGGAGAGUCCCUACUCUCAGGGCCCCAAUCCACUGCUGUUGUAGUCAAGCAUGCGGGAGAUUCAUCUGCUCUUUGCCAGCAAGCCCUUUGCGCUCUUUCUGCCAUUUUUAGGUUUCCUAAUCUGUAUUCAUUAUUUUCUGGCCCCGAUAUCUCUAGUCUCUUAGCCGAAAUCCUUAACAUUGCUCUCUCUCAAAGACUGCCCAUUCUGAAUAGUGCGAAAAUAUUUUCUCUUGCAUUGUGGAUUCUGCGCUCUCAGCGAUUGCCGCAAGAUUCAUUAUCACCUCGAGCAUCAGACAUAGUUUCCGUCCUCCGAAGUACAUUGCAAACUCAACCUAUUGGACAGCAAUUCGUUCAGCUUGCAGAUGGCCUUAAGGGUAUAUGCCAUCUUUUGGAAUUCUACCCAGCAAUGUUCUUCGUUCAUGUAAUUCAGCUUCUGCCUUCGGUUCUCUCGCAUUUGCUGUGCGAUUCUUCUGUCAUCCGCCUUCAAGCUGCACUGGCUCUGGGGAGAAUAGCUCUAAAUUUGCUGAAUAGCUCCCUAUUCAUCUCCCCUGACCACCGCCAAGCUACGUCGGACUUCGUUCUGGACUUCUUCGACAGACAAUGUGCCAGAACAACUUCGCCACAGAUCUCAGCACUUCAACGCAUUGCUCAGGCAGUUAUGGCUGUGAAGGAGGAACCCGAACUUAUCGAGGGACCCGUUUGGCUUUUUUCGACAAUGGCUUCCCUCAUCAUCCUCUCCGAUCAUUGUCUAUUCUCUCACUCCCGCGCAUUUAAAUUUAUCAUGCGGUUCGCUGGACUGGCCCUCACGCAUCAGAGAUCAGUGAUUCGGGCGUUGGUUCCACACAUCUGGACAUGCAUUAUUUUCACAUUUGCAAGGAUACCUGGUGAAGAUGUGCGCACCAAAGAAGGCGUUUUCCUCUUCCUUGGUGAGGAAACUGGGGGUGGCAUAGGAGUAGCUCUUGUUACAAUGCUCCUGAAUACGCCAGCCGCGCAUCCAUCCUCAUUUGAACAGACCACGUCCUUUGACGCGGUAUCCAGAGCACUCACGCUUGUGCACGACAUGGCACAUCAUUCCAACAAAUACACUUCUUCCGAUAGUCUUUCGCUUCUUCACAAGCUGAUGGGCGGAGUGGGGGCUCCCGCGCCAGUAACCAGUCCCGAUUCGACUGCCAGUCCACCGAGGUUGCCCACGGCGUUGUUUGACGGCAGCAUAAUCACUGCUAGCUGGGAUCAGCUGAAGUCUAUUCUGCGCUCCAUCCAUCGCCCUCUAGUCACUGAGGUGCGGCACCUCUCUGAAGCAGAGAUUGUUCAAUAUCGAACACUUCUGCGCUCCACGUGGGUGCAACUGGCUCGGUCACGAAUUUCAUACGAAAGACGUUUGCAUUCCGAUUUGAUCCACAUCUGGCAGUCUCUACUCUUAGUAGAGUCACAGCUGACCCAAGGAUUCCAUCACCUCACCACUUCUGCUGAUCUCGUGGAAGAAUCUGCGCUCGUUGUCACUGGCUUUAUUCCACGGACUCUAGGGCAUUCCGAGGAACCAGACCCUACGCUACUGGUUCCGGCUCAAGUUUGCGCAUUGGCGGUCAUCACACAGUUAUGGUCUGCGAUGAAAAAUGUCUUCGCUUCACAAUGCAUAUCGACUGCUGCGAAUAUCAUCCUGUCGGAUUUGUUGAAGCAUGUUUUCUAUCUCAGCGAUGAGAGCGUGCGGGAUCAGUGGAGCAAGCUCUGCGCUGACCUCAUGGUUGUUGCCAUGCCUUCGUGUAUCCAAGGGCUUCAUGACCUGACCUCCUCACAGAUGGCAGAAAGAAUUUCACGAGGCAUGUGGUCAAAUGUCGCACAGUCAUUGCUAUCACAGUCUGGAAUGUCCUGUUGGCUUGAUAUUGUGAAAUUUCUCGUCGUUCCUUUGGGGUCGUGGACCAUGUCUGACGUGGAGUUAGACAUCUGGAACUCAUUGCUGCAGAAGGCCGUCACUUCAGCAGGCCAGGUCUCUACCACUUCAUCUACUGUUAUCGACGCUAUCGCCCAGGCUGUGAUGCCGGUGGCAGGUGUGGAACGAAUGUUAUUUUUGCAGACUCCUCUGUCGCACUUCCUGUCUUUUUUCAUCCCGGAUGCAAGCUUGUGUCUUCCAGAUUCGUUAUUAAGCGCCGUCGACUCUGUUUUGCAGGGCACUUACGAGACUGGUGCGGAGUUGAUGAGCGGCUCCCUGCAACUUCUUCAGAGGAUCCAACAAAUCAUCAUGGUUUCCUCGCCGAGUCAUGUUGUGCAUAUUCUUGAGUUACUUCAGACAGGACUGCAGAUAUGGAUCGAAGACGAAGCGGAGGUGUUAACAGAGAGUGAUUUCAAUUCUGUGAUCAUGCCAUUAUACUCGGACACGCUUGCUGUCCUGGAACGGCAUCCCCUCAGCAUCGACUUUCUCAAUUCAGUGGAAUUUUUUUUGGCUGCUGGGUUCUCGCGCAUAAUUCCACCGGCCCUUGCGCCGUUUGCAUUUGAAAGAUUCUGGAGGGCCACAUACCAUGGGCAACAUCAAUUCUAUUCGGGCAUCCCCGCGGGCGUGACAUCGUUAUUAAAGGCGUUCACCACGGCGUUCGGAGGUGACUUAUUGGCCGGCAUAUCAUCAGACUCACAGUCCACAACAAGCUCCGACUUCCCUUCCUCCCCUGAAAGGGAGCAUUCCCUCGUCAAUCCGGCCGAAGAACACUGUUCAUCUGCUGUUUUCAAUGAUGCACAUCACGUAGAACACACCUUCGGCGAUACGACCCCACGAAAUGGAACUGGAUCCCCGUUUCACAAUGCAUCUACAGUAUUCCCGGGUGAUCCCGCAUCGUCUGAAGACCUUGUACUUCUAGACCCUGAGGACAAUUUAAACAAUGUUGAUGAAAUUCUCGCAUCACGUAUCCCUGGUCCUCGUCAGGGUGGUGUAAUUCCGUCGAAUGAACAGUCAUAUUCAUCAGGCUCCUCUCGAGUGACAAGGUCCACACAUCGAGCUGGCCAAGGAUUAAAAAGAAGUCGUCAAUCACAAGAUCCCACGCCACAAAAACGACGCCGAACGAUCUCGGGUAUGCAUAAAUCUCACCCGUCCCGCUUUAUAUCAGAACCUACCAGUAAGGUCAUGCCACCGGUGCGCAUUAUUCGACCAUACUCGGUUCCUGCCGAACAGAAAAAAAAGAUCGUGUUUGAUGGCGUUGUCCUGCCUACCUUGCGUCAAGUUAUUUCCGCGGAAAACCAGAGUUUUGAUCUAUUAGCAGGCAGUUCAGCUGAGACGUUCCAAUUCAAUGAUCCGCCGCGCUCAGUUCAGACACUCUCCAUUGCAUCCGAUGAUUCUGACGAUUACGACAGCUGGGAGAUUCGUUGCCCUGAGAUGAGCACCUCAGAAAUGGAAAUCGACGAUUCCCUCGCCGAAGUUCCUGACAGCUCUAUAGUAGCGAGUGGGGGUAUUUAUGAAGUUCUGGGAACCAUACAUACAUCAGCAGCAAUAACGCGGCACCAACGCUCUAGAUCAGAACAAGUAAGCCAACACGUCGCUCACCACCCUCCGCCGUUGAGGCGUUCAAACACUGGUUCUGGUCAUCUGGAUGCAUUGCGCGACGUGUGCGCCGCGGUCGCUAGUGGGAGUUCUCAGAUGCAGGUACAGGAGCUGCUCCAAGCUACCACGCUCCUCCACCAGAUCGGUACGGUUCUUAAUGAACAGGUGGGUAAGAAGAUUCGGGGUACCUCAUAAUGAUGCAGGAAGGUGUAUGUUCAGUCGGGAUGUCCGGGUUCAGGGAACCACUUAAACGCUAUUAUUAUUGCUUAUUAUUGGGAUGCACGUGUACUAUGAUCACCAUCUAUAUACCAAUCAAUACACCUUUAGAACGAG